AUUUACAGAGUGGCGCACAGCUGAUAGACUUUGAGGAUCGGUACAUCUCACAGUAACUCCGACAAAUGUGACAUUCCGACCAGCGGAAUCUGUGAAGUUACUGUUAACCGAUUUCUUCAAUAAUCGUCGCUUCCGAGAUGGUUCUGAUGACUAUGAUAGCCAGGGCCUCCGAUGGACUUCCAUUGGCAGCUACGAUGCAAGAAGACGAACAGUCUGGCAGGACCACACUCGAAUAUCAGAACCAAGCUAAAAUGUUGUUUAGGAAAAUAUCGGUGCACACCAGCCCACAUCAGUGCACCUUAAAAACUGGCCCUUAUCUUUUUCAUUAUUUGAUAGAACACGAUGUAAUUUAUUUGGUUUUAUGUGAGUCAAAUUAUUCAAAAAGAUUGGCUUUUUCUUAUCUUGAAGACAUAGCGCAAGAAUUUCAUUCUCAGUAUGGAUCUAAAGUAAGCACUGUUACAAGACCUUACGGUUUCAUCGAAUUUGAUACUUAUAUACAGAAAGCGAAGAAAAUUUUUACUGACUCGAGAGUAAGGAGAAAUUUAACAUCUCUUAAUUCGGAACUUCAAGAUGUCCAGCGUAUCAUGGUUCAAAACAUUGAUGAUGUCCUUCAACGAGGGGUGGUUCUCUCUGAACUGGAUUCUAAAGCUCAAAGUUUGUCCAUGAUGUCUCAGAAAUAUAAAAAGGAUGCAACAUAUUUAAAUAUGAAAUCAGUUUAUGCUAAAGCAGCGGCAGGAUGCAUAGUUGUAUUCGUCUUUGUUCUUUAUUUUUGGAUAUUGUAAAGAAAAAAAUAGUUUCUGUUGUUUUCAAUUGUAUAUGUAUUAUAUAUUGUAAAAUAAUAUUUAUGAUUUUAUCACUUGUUUUGUACUCUUUUAUACACAACAAAUAUCAUAAUUAUAACUGCAAAAUGAGGAAUAGGAUACUGUAAGAUUUUAAAAUGAUAUGUGUAAAUUAUAUUUUGUUAAACAUUUUUCAAACAUAAAAUUACCCUGGCGGGGGGGGGGGGGGUGAAUAGUCUAAUAUACUCGAAUGUAUGCCUGUAAAUAAUUACAAAUAUAUAUAUUUAAUUUCAUAUUCUUAAGUCACUUGAGAAAUUAUAAUUAAAAUAUA